CAGGCCUCGGGCCCUCAGGCGGAGCGGCGGGCGCCGGCCCCCGGGGGUGGAGCGACAGGUCUCGGGCCCUCAGGCGGAGCGGCGGGCGCCGGACCCCCAGGCGGGGCGACAGGCAUCGGGCCCCCAGGCGGGGCGACAGGUCUCGGGCCCCCAGGCGGAGCAGCGGGCACCGAGUCACCAGGCACGACAGUGGGCUCCGAGUCAACUGGCAUGACCGCUGGCACUAGGUCAGACAUUGGAUCGUCUGGCUGGACAGCGGGCAUCGGGGGUCACCAGGCAUCAGGUCAUUUGGCUCGACAGCGGGCACCGCGUCAUCUGGCAAGGCAGUGGGCUCCGAGUCAACUGGUAUGACCGCGGGCACUGGGUCAGACAUUGGAUCGUCUGACUGGACAGCGGGCAUCGGCCAGGCAUCAGGUCA